AUGGUUCUGAAGGACGGACUCUUUCACUCCAUGACCUAUAAGGAUUGGAAACAGUCCACCCAGCCCAAGGUGCUUGGAGCGCAGAACCUGCAUGCUGUCCUGGCUGACGAGCCUCUAGACUUCUUUCCCAUGACCAGCUCCGUCUCGGGAAUUCUGGGCACCCCAGGUCAGAGCAACUACGCGGCGGCCAACUACAACCAUGUGGUGGUCGGGCUGGAUCCUGCCAAGCUGCAAAAGGCCGUUAACGAUAGCGCCAGCACCGACAGCUUCUGGCUUCAUGACGCGCGCUUCAGCCACGCCGUGCACUCCAUCAACGUCUCUUCCGAUGAAGCCGGAGCGGGUGCGCAACUGAGCAUCCUGACCAGCAUCCGGGCAGUAGAAUCGCCGGCUGAGGCGGUCGCACUCAUCUGCCAGCAUUUCAUCGACAACCUCUCGCGCAUGCUGAUGCUGGACCCUGCAGAUGUGGAUGCUGAGGUCGGCUCGAUCGCUUCCUAUGGAAUUGAUUCCAUGGCUGGCGCCGAGUUACCCAAUUGGAUCUUUAAGGAAUUUGCUAUGGACAUGCCCUUGGAGCAGUUGCCGGCGCCCAGCCUGACCAUCUCCAAGUUUGCGACUCAAGUAUGUCAGGUGCAAAAUAUCGUGGAGUCAUAG